UUAUCUUAAAGUUUAAAUUUGUAAUGUUUACCAGUUGAUCACUAAAUCUACCCUAAUGAUAAGGGUAAACCUGUUGAUUGCGCUGCUUGGAGCAGGACUUGCUUUAGGAGCAGGAGUAGCAGGAGAGAAGAAGGUGGUUUGCUACUUCUCCGGCUUUUACAGGCCAGGUUCAGGCAGGUUCGAUAUCGACAACAUUGAUCCUUUCCUCUGUACUCACAUCAACUAUGCAUUCGCUAACAUGGAUAACAGUACCUGGGAACUAGUUUCUUAUGAUCCCUGGUAUGAUCUUGCUCCCUGGGAUCAGGGCUGUGACGGAGAUCAUUGUCACUGGGACAGCUACAGGAGGUUCAACAAGCUUAAGGAGGUUAACCCCGAUCUCAAAACUUUGAUUUCCGUCGGAGGAUGGAACUCUGGAUCCGGACAGUGGUCUCAAAUGGCCUCAGAUCCGAUGAAAAGAGAUAUUUUUAUCAAAAGCUCUGUAAGUUUUGUCGCCAGAUUCGGGUUUGACGGAAUUGAUUUUGACUGGGAGUAUCCAGGUAGUAGACCUGGUUCCGACUUGGAGCAUGACAAGGAAUCCUUCACCGUGUUUAUCCAGGAGUAUGCUGAAGCUCUACACCAAGAAGGAUUCAUCCUAACUGCUGCUACCCCUCCUAACAUUAAUAUUGCAGAAGCAGGAUAUGAUUUCCCGAAGGUAAUGGAAGCUCUGGACUUUGCAAAUAUCAUGGUUUAUGAUUACCACGGAACCUGGGAAAACUUUACCGGACAUGAAACCCCGUUGUACGGACGGGUUGAAGAGAACAAUCCUGAUCAUCCUGGAUAUUUGUACAAUGUGAACGCAACCAUCAACUACUACCUGGAGAACGGAGCUCCUGCAGAGAAGCUGGUUCUAGGUACUGCUGGAUACGGGAGAGGGUUUAUAGUGGAUAGUAGUACAAAUACUGGUCUGUACUGUCCAACUGCUGGACCUAUACCUAAAGCUGAGUUUACCAGGUCAGACGGAUUCUGGAGCUAUUAUGAGAUUCUACAAUCUCAGAAAGAAUCUGAAUGGGAGAUCGUUCGGGACGGAUGUUACAUGGCUCCAUAUGCUGUUCAGCACUUGUACUGGAUCGGAUACGAGGAUAGAGACUCAAUACAGAUCAAGGCACAGUUCGCCAACACCAAGGGUCUUGGAGGAAUCAUGUUCUUCUCCAUUGAUAUGGAUGAUUUCAGCGGUUUGUACGGUAGCAGGUACCCUCUCCUCACCCAGGUCAAGCACGUCAUGGAUACUGGAGAAGAACUCAACCCGGAUAAUAUCCUAGGAGAGAACAGUGGGUGUGAGUCUGCUCCGUACUGUAAUAUCAACUAGGAUACAUCCAUUUAAACUAUUGAAAUGUUGAAAUGUAAACCUAUAAUUAAUAAAUGUUUUGCCUUCUCCCCC